CUGCCUUCACACUCCAGCUUCCGUAGAUUCACUGUGGUCAUCUCAGUUAUAUCAUACGCUUUUUUGUACGGUUUCAACCCGCACGAGAUCGUCCGCCGCCGACAGCUACGUUAUUGUGUAAUUUGCAAUAAAUGAAACGACUGAUUGAGAUAAGUAAUGGAGUCAUGAACAAAUAAGGGGUUUGAAAACCUCGUAGGCUACGGGUGCAACGUUAAUUCUCAACUAGACGGUGAGUAAGAUUAGGCCUACUAUGAGUUAAAGAUGUCGCGAAAUAACGUUUGCUACCUCAGAGGACCCUUCAGUCAAUUAAUUCGUGGAACAUAAUGACAUUCUAGAAUUAUGAACCGGGUUUUAUGACAUGUAGCCAAUUUUUCUUUCCGGAAUAUUGUAGAAUACAAUUAAGUCAAUUAAUUAAUUUUCGGCGAAGUAGCGAAAAGUUAUAGGAAUAAAUGACCGUAGCCUACUAUAUUUGGGAGUCCAUUACUCUGGAUUUGUCCGAAAUCAGUCCACACUUUCUGGUGAAAAGCAAUGUCCCGGUCACAUGGGCGUUGCUAGACCCCUUUUACUGGGGCACGUGCCCCAGUAUUGAUCUGCUGUGCCCCAGUAAAAUCUCAUGUUAGAGUUUUAACAGGCUCCUAUAUUUGGAAGUGGAUUAAUGUAGAUUGAUAAUAACGGGAAAAGAAUUAUUUUUUUUCUAAUCCACAAUAUCAAAGCAACGCAGUUUAACCCAAAAUACAAGCUGAGGGGCGCACCUUGGGGUCCUGGUCCGUACACUGUGGCGCGCACAUUACUGUCCGUGCACGGCAGUGUGCAUGUGGUAGGCAUUCAAGAAAAAAACUGUGUGAUUUGAGUAAUGGGGGACCUGUGCCCCAGUAGAGCUUUAUGUCUAGCAAUGCCCCUGCCCGGCCAUAUGCAUACGGAAUAUGAAGUUGAUUUAGGCUACUGUGAAGAAUCUGAAGAUUCUGAAGUGAAUAGCACAUAAACCUUUAUUGACUCUAUACCAGUGGUCCCCAACCCUGUUCCUGGUGGUCCACUGUCCUGUUGGUUUUCACUCCGACUCACGCUAGAGAUCUUGUUGGGCUGCUGUUUCGUAGAAUCAGGUCUACCAAAUUAGGGUUGAGAUGAAAAACUACAGGGCGGUAAAUCUCUAGGAAUGGGGUCGCGAACCACUGUCCUGUAUAUUGUUACAAUUCAUUCUUUGUCAUUUGUAAUGUUACUGUCCUCUUUUUCAGACAUGUUCUAUAAGUCAGGCCCAUGGAAUUUGUUAGGGACAGCUUAUUUCAUGUUUUGCUUACAUUGAUACUGAUGUCAGUCAGUUGAAAAUAAUUAAAUUCAAGGCAACUCCACAACCCAAGACAGGAAUGUGAAUGGAUUGAAGGAAAUUGUCGUUUGGCCAUGGCCAGUCCAGUCUUCAGGCUGCUGUGCAAGAUCUUGUGUUCUGCUGGUUUCUUCUGUUUUAUCUUGCAGGAGGGUUUAUUUUCUCAUGGGGGCGACAUAGCUCAGGAGGAGCUGCACUUCUGCACACCUUUGAGCAGCAGUAUGAUGCAGGCAGGAGUCUGUCUGAGACAGGAUACUGAGACAAUACUACCAGAGCUUACUGAGCAGCACAGGAUCAGACAGAAAGAAGAGGAACUCAGUGGACUGGAGAUUUUCCACAUGGCAGAGUCAGAGACAGAGUGUGCUGCAGCAGGACUCAACACACUGGAGCCGGAGUGUGUUACAGCACACAGCAGGGAGCUGCACUUCUGCACACCUUUGAGCAGCAGUAUGAUGCAGGCAGGAGUCUGUCUGAGACGGGACACUGAGACAACACUACCAGAGCUCACUGAGCAGCACAGGAUCAGACAGAAAGAAGAGGAGCUCAGUGGACUGGAGAUUGUCCACAUGGCAGAGUCAGAGACAGAGUGUGCUGCAGCAGGACUCUACACACUGGAGCCGGAGUGUGUUACAGCACACAGUGGGGAGCUGCACUUCUGCACACCUUUGAGCAGCAGUAUGAUGCAGGCAGGAGUCUGUCUGAGACAGGACACUGAGACAGCACUACCAGAGCUCACUGAGCAGCACAGGAUCAGACAGAAAGAAGAGAAACUCAGUGGACUGGAGUCUAUCCACAUGGCAGAGUCAGAGACAGAGUGUGCUGCACCAGGACUCAACACACUGGAGCCAGAGUGUGUUACAGCACACAGCGGGGUCAGUGAUGUACACCACACACACAUAUCACUGAUUAAAACAGAAACUGAUCUGGGCUCCACCCACACUGGAGAUCUUAAGACAGAGAGGCUCGACAGUACAGAGCUGGGAUAUGUAAUCAGUUUGCAUGCUGACCAAAUAAAAACGGAGACUGAUGAUGGAGGAUACCAUAAUGCAGAACACAUUAGUGGCUUGCUGGAUGUUAAUUAUAUUAAUAUUGAAUCGGAUCAAAUUAAGUGUGAGUCUGCUGAAAGUUUAGUGAGUGGUCUCAUGAAUGCUGUGAUGACUGGAGCUGGUGUUGAUCAUAACGACCAGACUGAACCGUGGCAGUGUGCAGGACAGCCAAACACAGACUGUAAAAAAGAAGAAAUUCCUGAUCACCCAACCCAAUUUGGGGACUUAAAUCAUCACUGUCAUAUGAACAAUGAGAUUAGUCAGACGAGAAUUGUCGAGAAAAGUGUUGGCAGUAGCAAAAAAAAUAUUUGCCACAGAACGAAUGUGAAAACUGAGCCCAUGAUCACUAAUUCAAGUAAAAGCCCAAGUCUUUUGAAUUUCUUUCAAAAUGAGACAUUUCAUAGUAACAACAGUGAAAUUAAUACCAGUGAAAAGCCAUACAAAUGCACACAGUGUGAGAAGUGUUUUAAUACCAAAUCUGGUUUAAAUAGCCAUCACCAAGUCCAUACAGGUAAAAGACCCUACAAAUGUUUUCAGUGUGAGAAGUGCUUUUCCAGAAAAUUUAAUUUAAAUACCCACCAGAGAAUUCAUACAGGGGAAAAGCCCUACAAAUGUUCUCAGUGUGGAAAUUGCUUUUCCACAUCAUCUCAAUUAAAUACCCACCAUCGUUUUCAUACUCGUGAAAAGCCCUACAAAUGUUCUCAGUGUGGAAAUAGCUUUUCCACAUCAUCUCAAUUAAAUACCCACCAUCAUUUUCAUAGUCAAGAAAAGCCCUACAAAUGUAGUGUGUGUGGGAAGUGCUUUUCUACAUCAUCUGUGUUAAAUAGGCAUCAGAAAAUUCAUACAGGUGAAAGGCCCUACAAAUGUACUCUGUGUGGAAAGUGCUUUUCUACAACAUCUAUUUUAAGUAGCCACCAGAAAAUUCAUUUAGGUGAAAAGCCGUACAAAUGUACUGAGUGUGGGAAGUGUUUUUCCCGAGUGAGUAUUUUAAAUGACCACAAGAUUGUUCAUACAGGUGAAAAGCCACACGUAUGUGCUCAGUGUGGAAAGUGUUUUUCCCGAGUAAGUAUUUUAAAUGACCACAAGAUUGUUCAUACAGGUGAAAGGCCAUACAUAUGUAUUCUGUGUGGAAAGUGUUUUUCACAGGAAAGUGCUUUAAAUCGCCACAAGAUGAUUCAUACAGGUGAAAAGCCAUACACAUGUACUCUGUGUGGAAAGUGUUUUUCACAGAAAAGUGCUUUAAAUCGCCACAAGAUGAUUCACACAGGUGAAAAGCCGUACAAAUGUACUGAGUGUGGGAAGUGUUUUUCCCGCAUAGGUGCAUUAAAUCACCACAAGAUGAUUCAUGCAGGUAAAAAGCCUUACAAAUGUCCUCUGUGUGGGAAGUGCUUUUCUACAACAUCUAUUUUAAAUAGCCACCAGAAAAUUCAUUCAGGUGAAAAGCCCUACAAAUGUCCUGAGUGUGGUAAGUGUUUUUCCCGAGUAAGUAUUUUAAAUGACCACAAGAUUGUUCAUACAGGUGAAAAGCCAUACACAUGUACUCUGUGUGGAAAGUGUUUUUCACAGAAAAGUGCUUUAAAUCGCCACAAGGUGAUUCAUACAGGUGAAAAGCCAUACACAUGUACUCUGUGUGGAAAGUGUUUUUCACAGAAAAGUGCUUUAAAUCGCCACAAGAUGAUUCAUACAGGUGAAAAUCCCUACAGAUGUACUGAGUGUGGGAAGUGUUUUUAUCACAUAGGUGCAUUAAAUAGCCACAAGAAAAUUCAUUCAGGUGAAAAGCCCUGCAAAUGUUCUCAGUGUGGGAAGUGCUUUUCUACAACAUCUAUUUUAAAUCGCCACAAGAAAAUUCAUUCAGGUAAAAAGCCAUACAAAUGUACUGAGUGUGGGAAUUGUUUUUCCCGAAAAAUUGAUUUAAAUCGUCACAAGGAGAUUCAUAUAGGUAAAAAGGCCUACUGUUAGUGUACUCGGUGUGGGAAAUGUUUGAAUACAUAAACUAAUUUAAAUAUUUGUCAGCAUGUUCUUAUGGAUGAAGAGUACUACUUUUGUAUUUAGUGUUGUAAGUGUCUUAAUAUAAAGUUUGCCUAUGAGUGUAUACAGUGCAGGAAACUGAACAUUGUGCCAGAUAAUUCAUACAGAUGAAAAGCCCAAAAGAAAUGUAUUUAUUUUGGGAUGUGUUUUUCAGAAACAAUGCUUUCUGAUAAACAAAUGACAGACCAUUGAUGUGGGUCAGUGGGUAGGUUUGUCAUUGUUGCAUCAUAAUUGCCACGAGGUAAAAUUCCCAGCGAAAGUCCUCAGUGUGUCUUUUUUUCCCCAAAAUCUACAUUAAACACCAGAGAAUUUAUUUGCUUUUUAUUGAACCUUUUUUUUUAACCAGGGUAGGUUCACUGUGCACGGAUGCUCUUUUACAGGAACGCCCUGCUUCACACUGAUACACAUUCACACCUGGGAGCUGCCCAGCACAACCACAAUCCUCCAUUGUUGGCCACUGAGCAGCUCCACUGGAGGGAGAGAACGUUUUUUAGCCAAUUAAAUCGGGAUGAUGAGGUGGCAAGUUUUGGCGAGAGCCAAAUCUUGGAUUUUAGCCAGGACACCAGGGAACCCCCUACUCUUUGCGAAUAGUGUCAUGGGAUCUUUAAUGACUGCAGUGAGUCAGGACCUCGGUUUAACGUCUCAUCCGAAACGCAGCAUCUCCU